GCUUUUUGACCAAUGGGAACCGUCGGAUUGGCGCACGUGUCGGUUUCGCGGCAAAAAAGAUUUCGCGCGAAAACUGUCCGAUCCUUGUUUAGAUGUAGAUCAGCUGGGACAAUAACAACAAUAACGACCGAUAACGGGGUCGGGACGGCGCUUUUCUAAAUGGACCGCGUACUGUGUGAGCAACCAAAGGACCAGCGGCUGUUGUUUUAAAGGAUGCGUGUGUAUUUAACCGCUUUAUUUCCUUACAUUUCCAGUUUGUCGGACUGCUUCCUGCGUGCCCCAACAAAACGAGGGGUUGAAGAAUUGGGCUAAUAACUUAGCUAGCAUGCUAAUCUGCCCUACAUUUUCACCUCCAACGGUAUCUGUGUAUAAUCCGCUGAACUGCCCGUCGCUUUAUGGCUCGUACUCUCAAAGAUGCUCUUGAGUUCUGGUGAAGCCUUUUGCAUUGUAGAUAUUUUAUUUCGAUAGCUCACUCCUGGAAUGCUGCUAUAAAGUUUUAAUAGCCGUUUAACUAAGCCCAGUGUGAGGUGUGAGGAGAAAUAAUAUUGUUAAGUGGGUAACGUUAGUUUACCGGCUGCACCGGGUUGUUUGUUAACUUGUUUCAGUCUUUGUUGUUAGGACACAAGCUAGCUCGUUAGCAGGGCUGGUAGCUGUGUUAAGGGCAUUGUGGCCAGGCCUCGCGGCUGUACUGUACUGACAGGAGAGAUGAAAACAAAAGAUUAGCUUGCUCCCUCGCUAGCUCGCUAACCCCCUGCGUUUAUUACUGCCACGGACUAUUUGGGACUCUCUCUUUGAUAACAUAUCAGCGGCUGAGCCUCAAGGCGCAGAGCUGGUAUGCAUUUUGCAAUAUUAUAUUGUUUGCCAAAUUUCCUUGUUUGGCAGAACAGCCUGUCUUGCUGUUUCACCAUCAGCCUAAAAAUAGUUUUCAGCAGUUAGCUUCCAAUAGGUUAUCAUUUGGUUAUAAUGUAUUUGCAGUAGGUUGAGCAGUAAGGCGGACAGUAGAGAAAGAGGAACUUUAUAAAGAAAUGUUUAAGCUGCCUAUAAACAGCUGCAAGCAGACUUUCAGAAGGUUUCACCAUUGUUCCUUAAAUUCACUGAGCACAGCAAAUCCAAGUCGGUGUUGAGACCCCCAAAGUCCAGUGAAGGACCACUCGGUGACACACUGCAAUGUCAGAGACUCUGAUAACGGGCCAGACAUCGGAGGAUCUGUUGGCUGACUUUGAGAUCUUGCUGAACUCUGGGAGUAUUGACCUGGGCGAGGACCACCAGAUAGUGAUCAUCACCAGCCCCAGCAAUGAGGGACUCCACCCGGCCGCUGCCCCCACCAGCACGGGGGAAAUCUUGCUGUUUGCCACGCCACAGGGCCCUGCUGAUGUGGGGAUCCAGGACAAGAGGCGGCCGGCUCUGGGAAGACCUCCGGUAAAGAGGAAGUUGGACCUGGAUAGUGACCAUCAGUAUGUCAGCACCAAUCGUCCGUCCGUUGGCCAAGCGCCACCCUCCACGCCCGCCCCUCCCAGAGUUCCUCGAAAUACAGCGGAGAAGUCGCGGUAUGACACUUCCUUGAACCUGACCACCAAGCGCUUUCUGAACCUGCUGUCCCAGUCGACUGACGGCGUGGUGGAUCUGAACUGGGCCUCGCAGGUCCUGGAUGUCCAGAAGAGACGCAUCUACGACAUAACCAACGUCCUGGAGGGAAUCCAACUCAUCUCUAAGAAGUCCAAGAAUAACAUCCAGUGGCUUGGGAAUCGAGUGGAUGCGGCACUGGUCUCCCGCCAUAAGGAGUUGCAGAGGGAGGUGUGUGACCUCACAGAGGCCGAGGAGCAGCUGGAUGAGCUCAUUUCCAAAUGCAACCUACAGCUCCGACUGCUCACAGAGGACCCACAGAACAAGAAGUUGGGCUAUGUGCGCUGCCAGGACUUAAAGAAGUCAUUUGAUUCCCCAGACCAGCUGGUCAUGGUGAUCAGAGCUCCACCAGAGACCCAGAUGCAAGUUUCAGAACCCAGCCAGGGUUACCAGGUAUCGCUGAAGAGCUCGCGGGGUCCAAUCGACGUCUUCCUCUGUCCCGAAGACAGCUCCGGCGUCUGCAGCCCCGUGACGGGAAGCAGUCCCUCGAAACCCAAUGCUGACGCCUCCCUGGACCCGCCUGCCACACAACACACAGACAAACCACAAGCCAGAACGUCCACAACCGCCCUGGAAGUGGGUUUAUCAUCACCAGCGUCCACGUCAUCCACGGCGACAGCAGCCUCCCAGCAUGACCCCUCAUCACUGGUGUUAGGAGGCGACACAGAAUCGCUCCUGGGAGGCGACCCGUUUGCCAGCCUUGGAGACAUACCCGAUUUUGACCUCUCACCCCUCUCCUCCUCGGACUUCCUGAAUGGAGAGGGCCUCUCUCUCCCACUGGACGGUUUCAUCAACCUCUCCCCCCCACACAGUCAUGACUACCACUUUGGACUGGAGGACCAUGAAGGCAUCAGUGAACUGUUUGACUGUGACUUUGGUGACCUAUCACAAGUUUUUGGGAACAGUUGAAUGAAAAAGGAGAGGAGGAGCAUGUAAGCUUCUAGAUUUAGGACGUGUCCUCUCUUCCUCGGGGCUUCUGGAAGGAGUGCUGGAAAUCAACGUUAUAUGGACGUAUCUUUUAUCAAAAACCCACACAUAAUGUUGUGGGGUGUGGGGAAAAUGUUUCGUGUAGUAAUUGCCUGUGAUCCCCAGAAUACCACCCUAACUACAAAAUCUCAAAAAUUCCCCCAAAUUGUAUAGCACAUGAUUAGCACUUCUCUUUGGCCAUUGAAACAUUUUAGACCAAGACUUUAGCUUUAGAAUAGCUAUUUAAAUUAUUUAUAUGAAUGUUAUUUUGAUAUUUUGUAUCAAGUGAGGUGUUUGUCGUUGUUGAUAAUGUUUUAUCCGAGCGGAUCGUGCAGGUGUUUGCGUGUGGGAGUAUGAACUCACAGGGCUGGUUUCCUAAACACAGAUUAGCUUACAUGCUACAACUCAUAAGACUGGUUUCUUUUAGAAGGCUUAAGGGUUUUUGGAAUCAGCAUUAUUAGAGGUGCAGAUCCAGUGCUGGGCCCCGUCCAAAAGCAUCUUGGAGUCCACUUUUAAUUGCCCUCAAACCCACUGGGUUGUCUUUAGUGGGGUAUUCAUAUAUGUAUGUGAAAAAUGAACGCAAACAAGAACUAAGAUGCUUUUGGGGAGCUUGAUCCUCAUCCUUCUUCAAAGAAAAUGGUAACAGAAAGUCACCAUGACAUUUGUUAUUUUUCUUCAAAAUACACGUUUCCUUUGGUCAUCUGGAGAAAAGCCAUUUUAGAGAGUCCGAGGGACAAAGGUGGAGACUCAGUGUGACUCAUACUGUGGUUUUGAAGGAAGAUCAUACAGUUAAAAUCCGAAAGGUCAAGACAUGUUUUGUUGGUGUGCCGGAAACCAGGUUAUAAUAGUCUGCUGCAGUUAUGCUAGCGAGUUAAAACUAAUACUGAAUAUGUUGUUCUCUAUUAGUUAGCUAGGCGUGUAGCACAUAGUCUCAGGUGUUCAGAGCAGAGCAAAGUCUUAAAUCAAUGUUUUUGAUGCAAAACAUGUAUGAGAGUGUGACGUUUUAGAUGCAUUUCAUGGGUGUUGUGUAGGUUGAUAAUAGGUUUUUACAGGUCUAGAAGAAGCUUGAAGACAGCUUGCGUGUAUUUUUAUUUUUAUGUUUAUUUUCGACUUUUUCAGCCGAGGGUUGAGGCGAGAAAAGUUCACCAGAUGCCUGUAGAGUAAUGCUCCCAGAACCACCCGACUGUUAUUGCCAGGUUGGGAAUCUCCCAGCAGGCCCUGAGCCCUGACGUACAGUUAAAGAAGUUCAGCAGAUCCUUUGGUUGCGUGUUUACUGGAAACAUUCAGUGUGGUUUGUUUGUCAUUAUGGGUGUAUUAAAGCACAGCUGCAUCUUUUGCUUUUACCAGUCUAAUCAAGUGUAGAGCAGUGAGGACUUGAGAAAGGGUUCAGCAGAAGGUAUGUUAAACAGGGACUUCCUGUUAUGUUAUAUGCACUUCGAAUCAAUUCAGAAAGUUAAUGUUCAUGCCUUAAAUCAAUGAUCUCUAUGUGAAGGGAGGUACCUUGGAUAUCUUAUCUUAUAGCCCCGAAUUCCUUCUUGUCCUGUACAGUCACAUCAGGCUCCGCCUUCACAUACUACUACAUGGUUUGUUUCUACCACAUUGAUUUUCAGUUGCAGUAAGCAGCAAUAACACAUCAUGUACUCAGAGUAUGAGAUGAAAAACUGCCCUGCUUCGUGUCCUGUGUUGUUGUAGUUAGAAAUUUCUGCAUCCAAUUUUUUUUUCUUGUUCUAAGUUAUGUAAGCUAACAUGUUUUUUUGCAUUCCUGAAGUAUUGGGUUUUAAGAUGUGUGUGGGUGCAUGUGUGUGGAAAAUACAAAUUGUCUUUUUUAAUUUGAUAUUUAUUUAAAGAAGGGGUUUAAUAGAAAAUAUGGUACAAAGUUUUUCUUUUCUCCCCCAAUUUUCUGGCAGGAAGUAACUUUAUACCCACACUUUGGGUAAAUCCAAGCUAAUUGUGCAUUGAUAAAUGUGUUCUUGUAGUAGAAUUUAAGUAUUUUGUUUGUAAAAUAGCUUCUCAUAGUAUCAGUUAUAUUUUGCCAUGUUUUGUCUCCCCCAUAGAGAAUAUAUUUCCCCGUCUUUCCCGUCGUGCAUGUGCAACCUUUGCAUUGGCUAAUGAUGCGUCAUAUUUUCAAGAGAAAAAUAUUCACAAAUACAGCGUAUUUGGCACUUUGACUGAAAUAACUAAUGUAACUUAAUUCUUAAUUCCUUGUUUGAUCGCGGCAUUCGUUCUCACAUCAGCUUAGAUGAAAGAUAAUCUCGAUGUUGCAGGCAACAUUGCUGAUCUAAGGUUGUACAUGUAUUAUAUAGGGCUUCCUUUGGGUGCCUCAAACUGUCACGUGAAUGUGUGAAAACCUUAUAACUACAGUCAUGUUUCCUUUAUCUUCAGCUCUGGAAAUCAGAAAAUCCAGUGUAUAUUUUCAACAGCAUCUGAAAAGUUUUCAACUGACAGCGGUGUUACACGCCUCUAAGAUGUUAGGCUCCUUUUAUAACCCGUGUAACCCUCAUAGAAUGUAUCAUGUUUGUUUUUGUCUGUCUUGGUUUUAACGUCCAACAUCCAGCUGAACUGGUCGACAUUGUUUGCAGAAUGUGAGCAGUUCAUGUUGUCCACCUUUGUGAAAUUUGUGUCAUUCAUGUUUUGGUUCCCUGCAGGACAAAUGCAGUGCCUUGUUGAGGUAAAAUAUUAAUUAAUAUUGAAAUCAGGAUUUCUUUUUGUGUGUGGCCAGGGUGAUGGAAUGCAAUGUUUUCAUGUGGUUUGUUUUGUUUUGUUUGAAAAGUGUUCAAGAUAACAUUUGCACCAGGGUUGAAAUCAAAUCACCUUCAGUUAAAAUUCAGAACAGAUACCUCUGUAUAAGUAUCUGUGGAAAUUGGAGCAUAUUGAAGGAGCAUAAUAGGUCAGGGCUGUACUGAAUUCCUUGUGAAAUAUAUGACAUUUGACGCAAAACUAAAAAUAUCUAAUAUAGUUGUUGAUUCUUAUACAAAAGUGUCUUAUCAUGUGUUAAAAGUCACUGUUGGAUGCAAAAGAAUUUCACUAGUGCUAUGAAAUUUCUGUGGUUUAACAGACCGAAAGUGAAUUGACUCCAACCCUGAUCCAGUCGCUGUUCGAAGUGCUUUUAAGGGAAACUUAUCUGGCAACCUAACAAUCAGUCCCAGUUAUUCUGUUUUACAAAUUUUAUUUUUGUCCUUACAUUCUAGGUAAAAAAAUAAAUAAAUGCAGGUUUGUACUUGUGAAUUAUUAAUGGGCCCUAAUAUGCCCUUUUGUAUCAAAUUUUCUUUGACAAAAAUAAAAAGUUAACUAUUUUGAUUUGA